CAACGACUUCAUCACCAAAGAAACUACAAAUCCGCCCCGCGCAACACAACCGCAAAGAUGUUCGCCCGCACUGCUACCCGCGUCUCCCCGAUGGCCCAGAUGGCUGCCCGCCGUGGCUUCCACUCUACCCGCUCGCAGAUGGCCUCGCCAUACCAUUACCCUGAGGGCCCGAGGAACAACUUGCCAUUCAACCCGUUGACCAAGUUCUUCGCUCUGAGAUACUGGGGCUUCAUGGCUCUCGGAUUCGGUGCGCCAUUCGGAAUUGCUGUCUGGCAAACAAAGAAGAACCAGUAAAUGCGCACUGGGUGAUGAUGGAAGGAUCUAUAGAAGGGGAUGGGUUGGAUGGGAUGAAGGCGGACUGUUUGGAACCACUGUGUACACAAUAAGACGA